AUGAUGCAAACUGCCCUCCAUCAUCAACCCGUGGCUACCACCCUCAGAGCCGACUCGCCUCUUGCCGCCUCGCCGACAACGCUCAAGGGAGCCCCCGCCUCUGCUACUCUUCCUUUCCCCCAGGCUGUUCCGCAGGAGCCUUCUCGCGCUGUCGUUACGGUAUACGGACCGGGCCAAGAGGCGAUCGUUCAGGUGGUGGCGGACAUUCUAGGGAAACCAUGGACAGCAGAGACGUCACUCGCGACAUUAGGACGGGGAAGUAGCGCGGUUGUAGUAGGGAUCCGGGCGAGCGAUCUCCCCCGGAGUCUUGAUGGAUGCGACAAAUCAGCCUUCAUCCUCGUCAACCUGCAUUGCGUGGACGACGGGUCCUUCCCCGAGGAAGCACUGACGGAAUUAUGCGACUACGAGUUCCUGUUCUCACUGCGAAGUCCGUUCUUCCGACGCGAUCUCACCCGGUUUCUCUCGUUGAUUCUAGGCCAGACAAGGCCGCAUGAGGACUUGAAGACAAAAACCCGCACCAAUUUCAUCUCAACGACUUUCCCUGAUGUUCAUGCCGCCCUGCCCAAUCUGGAUAUUCUAUCGGUGGGCUCCGACGCCGUUGAGAUCCGCGUGGAUCUGUUGGUGGACCCGGUGCCGCAGGACCCCCAGAGUCCGGUCCCCAGUUUGCGGUAUGUAGGACAGCAGUUGAUGCUGCUGCGGCAGCAUACGGAGUUGCCGAUUAUCUUUACGACGCGUUGCACGAAAGAGAAUGGGAAGUUUCCUAAGGACAACCCGGCUUUGUUUUACCGGUAUUUGAGGCGGGCAAUUCAGUGGGGGGUGGAGUAUAUUGACGUGGAAUUAUGGCUACCAGAGGAUAUCCGGCGCAAGCUGGCAGAGGUGAAGGGAAACAGCGUGAUCAUGUCUGCGUUCCACGAUUUCUCGGGGACCUGGAAGUGGACGUCUCCCGAGGCGCCGCGGAUCUUUGCAGAGAGCGCCAAGUAUGCGGAUAUUGUCAAGAUGAUUGCGAUGGUGGAUAGUGUGGAGGCCAACUACGAACUGGAGUACUUCCGGUCAACGGUGAAGCAGACACAUGGGAUGUAUCCACUGUUGUCGGCCGUCAAUAUGGGACAGUUGGGACAGCUUUCGCGAGCGCUGAAUACGGUGUUCUCACCUAUUACGCAUCCACUUCUACCUAUGAUCGCAGCUCCUGGCCAGCUGACAGCUGCGGAGAUCAACGAAGCAUUACAUAUUAUGGGACAGCUGCCGAAGCGGGACAUAUACGCGAUCGGCUCCUUCCGAGCGACGCCGCAGUCGAUGUUUAUGGAGAAAUGCUUUAACGAGCUUAGCCUCCCGCACACGCUGACCUCCAUCGACCGUGGACCAGCGGGCUCGAUCGAGCGGGUAAUUACACAGCCAAGUUUUGGUGGCGCGGCACUCCACCCGCCCGUCAGCGGCAGUGGCUCGCGGCUCCCGGCCAUCAGCGACGCCGCGCGAGCAAUCGGCCUCGUCGACACGAUCGUGGUGACCAGUCCCGGAUCCCUGGUUGGCGAGAACGCCACGUGGAAGGGUAUCCGCGCGACGCUCACACGCGACUACGUCCCAUCGGCAUACCGUGGGCGUGCGGCCAUUAUCCUAUCCGGCACAGAGAGCGAAGCUUCGGCGAGUAUCUUCGCGCUGCGCAGUCUCGGCGUGGGCGCAAUCUACACGGUCGGGUUUCGGGCGACAGGGCCCCUAGCGGACGGCCUGGAACCCUUUACAUCUAUCCAGUCGGUCAAGCUAGUCGAGCAGCCGUUUGUGAUUGUAUCGGCGCUGCCGCCAGAGAAGUCGCUGCUGGUGCAGCCGCUACUAAGGCACUAUCGCAGUACAGGGCGGGCGUCGCCGCCGUCGACCCGGGGGAAAGUGUACCUGGACCUGACGCGGGGCGAACGCAAUGGGGAUCCGGUGGGGGUUGCAGGGCUGUCGGGGUGGACGGCGUACAGGAUUGAGGACGUGAAUGCGUGGACGACGGUGGAAACGCUGCGGCUGCUGGUCGGGCAGAAUGUGCCGUUUGAUUUUGUGCGGAUGGCGUCAGGGUCGUAUACUCACUCGUAUAUUAGUUAG